AUGGAUGUUUCCAAGUCUCGUUUUAAGACCGCCAGCAACGGCUCACUUCAUAGCACUUACACUUCCUACGGUUCCCAUCUUCCCCCAUCGACAAGCGUUCCAAGGGGACAAAAACCUCAUCAAAGACGUGCACUACGGAAUGCCAGUCUUAAUUCGAUAUUGCCCCCGUCCCCGGGGCCGCUCACAAGCAUGUUGAAGACAACCACCGAAACGGGAGAUAUUAGCGUCUUCUCCAUUCAACCAUCGGUGACUCCUGCAGCUUAUCAUCAGCAUCCCAGGGCAAGGCCAGACAUGCUUGAGGGGAUAACUCCUCCCAAGUACACACCCAGAAAGGGUGAGAACUUCUACUACGCCGAUGACCACAGACAUUUUCGCUCUUAUAGAGACACCACAUCUGAGAUCAUUUCGCUCUAUGGGUAUGACAAUCAAGCAUUCUACAUGACGCCAGGUUCUCCAAUGUUUGAUGACAUCAGUCAUCGAUCUUACUCCAUCACAACGAAUAGCUCUCGUCAGCUUCCAUCCCAGAAAUCUUCGGGGACUUUGCAGAGUCAAUCCAGCCGAAGUGGACUGCAACGGCCACGUUCACCAUUUCCAUAUCCAACACGGCUCAAGAGGCCAGGGGUGCGACCUGCGUCUCCUGCAUUAGCAGAAAACGGGUGUAUUGAUUACAGUCGAAUGAUUGAACUUGAUCGUGUUUCACAGAGAACCGUUCAUGGGUCUUACAAGUCAACAUAUAACAACUGGGCUCGAAGGCCACCUCCUCUGUCUCUUCGGCCGGACUUCAAUCGAUCCACGGCAUCGUUGCCCUCAAGAGCAUCCCCGGGGCCGUACUACUCGGGACCCGUGUCUCACAGGGCUCGAACCCCCGGCUCCUCGCAAUCUGGCGCAAGCAGAUAUGGACGAUUUGAGAGGCAUGCGAGAAUGCCUGUUGAUCGGUGCGGAAGAUCCCCUAGUCUAACAUCUAUUGUUGACAUGUAUCGGAGACCUAGCACUGCAAAGGGCUCAAGACAGCCACCACAGUUGGCCGGUUCGUUCUACUAUGACUACAGCGAGGACUUUGAUAGACCGACUGCAUCUCACCAUGACAUCAAGAGCCAAAUUUCGAUUGAAUCUCCCCACAUUCAGGAUGGCGGGGGUCGGAAUUAUGAUGAGUUUGCAGUGAAACCAAAGCCUGACGGACCUGAUCACCAAGAUGCCGCCGUCGACACCCUUACUCCCCAUUCCCGCUCAAGUCUGGAGUACAGCACAGGGAAUCAAGAGGAGCUAAAGUCAGGCCCAAAGCUGGAAGAAGAAACGACAAGAUCUAGUGACGCCGACGACACCGACCUCAGUAAUCUCAUCGCUGCCAGGCGAUUAUCUCAGUCUGCGCCUGCAGACCCUGAAGCAUCAAAGAGUGCUGAAAGCCUGCUUCAAAGCGAUGAGCACAACAUGAGCGUCAAUAUGGCAAGACUUUCCAAAUCGGGCCAGUCUUUGAGAGCGGUGGAAGCCAAGCCAAACUCUGAAUGCCAUCCAAAUACACUAGGUACUCAACAGGGAUCACGCGUUGCACGAUGUGCCCUUGAUCCAACCUUGCCUGAUUUUGCGUCCAUAUUCUCUUCAUUUGACUUGCUGGGCAAAUCUCCGUGCUUCAAAACGGCGGACAUUUCUGCCCAGAAACUUUCAGAUGAGAGUGAUACUGACAGUGUUGCAUCUUCAAAUCACAAACUCGGCAACCAGAGACAUCGUCGCAAUGUAGCAGCUGUGAGAAUCAAUACUGCCGAGUUGAAUGAUAAAUCUGGGCAUAUCGAAGAUGGGCCUGUGCAUGAGCAAGAACUGGACAUCCUAUCGCCAGAGCCAAUCUCUCCUGCUCGUGGACUCAAGGUAAAAAACAGUAUCCCGCAGCUGAUGAAAGCUCUUCCACCAUUGCCCCCAGGAAUGCCAAGCGAGGGAAGUCAUAAUCAGCACCCUUUACGGAAAUGGGAUGGCCAGCUAGAUGAACAACCGCUAUGUGACUGUUCUAGGCUACAUGACAUGGUUCGAGAGGACGAUGAAAUCCACUUAGCCGAGCCAGUACCAACUGGGUUGAAACAACCACCACAAUCAGGCAAGCAUAGCAGUCCCUCCAAGUUCAAAGUUCGAAUCAAGCCAUCAUAUUCUCCGGUUAGUGGCAUGGGCAACAUCAAUUGUGCCCAUAUCAAAGGAGACAUGCAGGGGGUGUCACAACAAUCAACUGCACAAGCAAAGCCGAAACUAAAACUCAAGCUUUCACGAAGCCAACUUGGCCAAGGCCGGCAAGCCACAGGUGAACCUUUCACGAGGGUCAAUCGGUUAAAGCAGUGCAAUUCGUUGGCGGAUUUGGCCUUGUACUCGAGCAGCGGAACGAAAGCUGGGCAGCGCUUUGCAAAUGAAGACAAUGCCCGAGGCAAUGCUCAGUCUGAGGGGUGUGUUCAGUCUACGUUCGAGACUCGGCAUAGCCAAAGCAGCACAGGAUACAAGUCGCCCCAGCCAUCUGAUCCCUUCAGUAUACCCUACCCGCCCUCAUCAGAGGACAAUACAGACAAGAAAGGGUCUCUAUCUUCUUCAAACAAAGACACCCUCGUUCAGAGACCAAGCUGCAGUUCGGGCAGGAGUCCUGUGCAGGAGAAUGGCUUGCGCAAAAAGAUGUCCAUGUUUCGAUUACGCAUUGCUGAGUCAUUUACAGCUAAACCUCCUAAAAAAUGCAAGAAGAUUCCGGAGUUGGAGCAGAGUGACAGUCACAUUUCAGUCAAUAUGACACUGAAAGGUUCCGAGACCAAUCUCAAUACUAUUGAUAAUCGCACACAACCACCCAAUAGCAAUAUCAAGUCCGACUGGGUGACGGACCGUGUCAAGCGCUGGGCCAUAGAUGCCAGACGAGCAUUGCGAUCUUAUGUGAGACGCACUUUGGAUCGAUCAUCGCGAUGGAGUGAAUAA